AUGGAAUCAGGCUGCAGAGUCCUCUCAGCGCGUAUCGCCUUCUCUGCUCGGCGGACUGCUGGCUGCAUCAUGUCGACUUGGAGUCUGAGCUGCGCUGCUUCGCGUGAGAUCCCUGUGCCGUCACUGCUGCUGCCGCUGCUGCUGCUGCACCUCUCGUGA